GGCUAUUAUAAACUUGUGUGCUGCAACUUUAUUUAAUUACAAAAAGAAAACACACCCAUAAAAAAGGCAUAUUUCACUGAACCAAAGUGAACGAAAAAAACAAAUUAUGUGCAGAAAAAACCACGAAAAUUAUAUUGACGUCCAAAGUGUAUAUAUUUUUAUAGCUCUUCUCCUUUCCUUUUCAAUUGUAACGUUUCAGAUUACGUAAAUACCGAUUUAUUACGGCGAAGAAUAUCAGGUUUGGUUUUUCGUGAGUGACGAACAAAUGAGUGAGUGAGUGAAAACAAGAAUGGUAAUAAUCGAACCACUUUCAGAUGGUUUCGUCGAAAUGAUUACUGAAGUUAACCAAGUAAAAUGUCAAACAUUUGGGAAUUGUGCUUAAUUGAUUGAUGCUCAAUGAUAAAACGCAGAACAUUUCUAUAAAAUAAAGAAAGGUCUGAAGUUGAAUCAUAUGGCCUGGUUUUUAAAUAUUCUUUUGCAAAAACCAGUUUAUUUAGAAUUCGGUAAAAUCGAAACCAAUUUUAAUCUGAUCGAAUGAAAGCGAUAUAACGAUCGACAAAUGUGUGAGUGUUUUUACGAAAAUAUUUAUGAUUUGAUUGAGAAGUAUUAACAGCAUACAGAUUACGGAUUUUUAACUUAUUAUCUGCAGGUCUUUGCAUAUUUGUUUUGGUUCAAUGUCGGUAGACUUAGUUCACAGUUAGAUAUGGAAAAAUGCAUCAUUCUUCCGAAUAUAAUUCCUCAGUUCGCCCACGAAAUUAUUUAAUAAACACAAGCGCGCACAUAUGAACUUCAAAGUAGGCAAAGCAAGAGAUGAAACAUUCUCUCAUUUCUCAAGGAUUCAUUUAUACAGAAAGAUUUGGCGAAGACAUCUCUCAGCUCAGCAAUAAAAAUAAAUGCCAAUCGUGUUUUCAUUAGCACAAGUAAUUUUAUAUGCGAAAGAAGGCACGUCAAUCGAAGUUCAGUGUAUCCGUCAAAGACCAAAAUAACACACAAUUUGAAUUCGAUUUAUAUAUGCAUGAUUGCGAAACAUUUCUCUUUCGAAUACAUUAAUUUUGCUAAUAGCAGUGAAUACUGACACUAAAACAAGACCAGAUACCAAAUUUCAAUUGUGUGAUUCAGAAUAGAAAACGCAUAUUACCGGUUUCAUAUUAUCGCAACAGUCAUCUUAUCAUCAUCAUGGCCGUUUGAGUAUAAAAGAUGCGGAACCACAAAAUUUCAAGCCAUUCAGAGGUUUUAACAUUUUCGGUUAGGUUGUAUCCGAGGCUAAAACAAAAUGAAAUUCCUAGUGAUUCUUGCUUGUAUUGCUGCCGUUAGUGCUGAUGUGUCAGAACUCAAACCAACAUCGACUCCAGCUCCAGCUGCGUCGACAACCAUCAAACCUGUAGCUAAUUCAAUGGGUCAGGAUGCGUUCGCUUCAUUCUCAUCUUCACUAUUCCCAUCGAUUUCAACAUACUCAUCAUUUGGUGCUUUGUCAGUUCCUUCUCUGACUACUUAUGAGUUUCCCUCAACUGUCGGACCAACUUUUGCCCCAAUUGCCACAGCCGCUCCAUUCAUUUCAGCUACAGCUUCUCCAUUGGUUUCAAGCUCUUUCCUUUCAGCCCCAUCAAGCAUUGCUUACGAUUCUACAUUCGACUCGCACUACAGUCUUCCGUCUUCGUUCUACAGCUCAGGAUUAUCCACAGGGUUUUCAGGAUACCCAGGACUCUCAGGAUUGUCCGGAUUUCCCGGAUAUUAUUCUGGAUAUGAUUCUAUCUACGGUGGUUUGAGUGGAAUUGACUCAAGCUUGUUCCCAGGUUUCGGAACUUCAACUAGUUUGGGAUCUUCAACUGGUUUGGGAUCUUCAACCGCUUUGGAAUCUAACCAAAACUCUGAUGAUGCUGUUAUCACAGAUGCCAAACAAGCCAAAUCGGCUCCAACUCAAAAAUCACAGGAAUCACUUCCAGCACUUUCAACCCCAGCUCCAGCUACAGUCAAACCAAUUGAAAACUUCAAACCAGCUGAACUUAAUAAACCAACUGAAGCUGCCCCAGAUGACCCAGAAGGUCCACUCGUUCCAAAAGCUCCAUUCAUCCCAAAUAAUAAUGCAGAAUCCAUCAAACCCGUUGGAUCACCAGCUUCAUACAAUGAAAUCGAUGGAGACAUUCAGAAGAAUUAAUACGAGAGAAAAAUAAACUUUUUGGCUACAUUCUAGCAAACUGAAACAGAA